CGAUGGCUCCUACCGCAUCAUCGACCUCCAAUCUCUAUAUAUCAAGGCCAGUCGCCAUGGCCGACGAGGUCGACUGCGCCAUGGACUGCAUCCCUUCCCUUACAAGGCAGAGGUCCUACGCGCGCCGUCCUCUCCACGUCAACAACUUGUUCAGCGGCAUCCGAAGUGCCUCCAGAUUCACCCGGUCCGCCGACGGCGUGUCGGACGACGACCCAUUUCCCGCCCGGCAGCCCGGGAGGUGGGCGAGGCUGCGCGUGGCGUGGAGGAGGAUGUUGGAGGAGAAGAGGAGGAUGCUCCGCUCUGCGACUCCCACGCACGCGCCGUGCUACGAUCCGUACACCUACGCGCAGAACUUCGACGAGGGAUUCGCGUCGGCGGAGCCCGACAACUUGUCGAGGUCCUUCUCGGCGCGGUUCGCCGGGCCACUCUACCGAGGAUGACCAACUGCGUUCUCGGCCAAUUAAUUUUGUCGUCCGCGUGCCUUUAGUUUGAUUAAUAUAUAUGAUUCAGGGAGCGCUAGCUAGCUAGCUAGCAUUUGCAAAUAUGUAUUCUACUGGAAGUACUGAUCGCCGGUGCCGGCCAUCUUUUAAUUUGAUCUCACAAA